AUGGGUGAUAGGCUAGUUGUUGAAAAACAAACUUCCAUACAAAUUGCUAGAAAUUGUUUACAAUUGAAGACCUCGAUAGAUGUGAUUAAAUGGUUAACAUUCCAAGCCUGUGCUUUUAGAGGUCGUGAUGAACGCCACGAAUCUAACAACCGAGGGAAGGUUAUUGAGUUGAUAAAGCUCUUGGCUUUUUAUAAUGAGGAUGUGGCAACAAUGGUUUUGGAAAAUGCUCCUAAAAAUGCUUCCUAUCAUUCCCAUGGGAUUCAAAAGCAGAUUCUUAGUAUCUUCUCUGAUAAGAUACAAAAAUUCAUUUGUGAGGAGAUUAAUGAUGGGAAUUUUUGCAUUCUAGUUGAUGAAUCUGAAAAUGAAUCGAAAAGAGAGAAAAUGGCAAUUAUUUUGAGAUUUGUUGAUAAAUAUGGUUUUAUAAAAGAGCGUUUCUUUGACAUAGUUCAUGUGUUAGAUACCACGUCGACAACUUUAAAAGAAGAAAUUUGUAUUGUCCUUUCUCAUCAUAACCUUAGUGUGCAAAAUAUUCGUGGUCAGGGAUAUGAUGGUGCCAGUAACAUGUCUGGAGAAUGGACUGGGUUGCAGGCUCAAAUUUGUGCUGAGUGUCCAUUCGCAUAUUGUGUUCAUUGCUUUGCUCAUCGACUCCAAUUGGCUUUAGCUGCAGAUAUUGCUGAAAAGCUUGCCAUUGGUGAUGAAUUUGAGACUGGUAAAGGAAAAAAUCAGAUUGGAACAUUGAAAUGGGCUAGAGAUACUCGAUGGGGUUCUCAUUUGGGUUCCAUUUGUAGUUUGAUAAACAUGUUUAGUGUUACUUGUGCAGUCCUAAGAAACAUAAUUAAUAAUGGAAGCAAAUCAAAUCAACGAACUGAGGCAGAUGAAGUUUAUGAUUCCAUUACAUCUUUUGAGUUUGUCUCCAUCUUACAUCUUAUGAAGGAUAUCAUGGAGAUUAUUAAUAAUCUUUGCCAAGCUUUGCAAAGUAAAUCUCAAGAUAUAUUAAAUGCAAUGCAUUUGGUGUCUAUAACGAAGAUACUUAUUCAAAAGGGAAAUGCUAGGUUUCAUGAAGAAUUUUCAUGA